GAAGAGGGAAGUUCAGUUUGUUUACAUCGCGGCACGAAAAGCUCGUCUAAUUGUCUGAAGACGCGACGAAUGAAUGAAUACAGGUGACUUUUGCUCCGCGGAGAUGCCAAUUUCAUGACUGGCCGACUUACACUUACACGAUUUCUCUUAGCUCCCAAGUAAAUUCGCCUGGACAAACAGCCAAAUGUCUGAGCUGCAGCCACUGAGCCAGCCCCAACAAACAGCAGAGCCCUUGUUAAAUGUCCAGGAGAUGCAGUUCUGGCUGGACAAAGCAGUGGCUUGGGGCCAGGCUGACAGUCCAGACACUCAGAAAGACACCUGCCUGCACUUGAACAGACUGAGGGAUUUCCUCCAGCAACUUCUCGCACACAUCAACAACAUGAGCUCCACAGCAGAAACCAUGAAGAAGCUGCCUCUCUUAGGCCAGUUUUUGGGUCGACUGUGCUGGAACCCUUAUGUCACUGCAGGAGAUACGUGCAGAAGGCUGUUGCUCCAGUGUCUGUGGGGACUGUAUUCAGAGCAUCCAAGCAAUGCUGUGGAAAGAAAAGCCAACCAGUGGAUACGGAAAGUGUUGUGUCAGCUUGCUACAGAAGAAGACGAUGGUGUAGCACAGGCGCUAAUGAAGCAUAUGGGUGUACCAGCUAAAGAGUACCAUGUUAACGUCCUGAAAAAGAUGGUGUCACUGCUGCAGGAAAACAUUGGGAAGAGCUGCUGUUCUUUGAGCGACAUAAAUCGGAGGUGUUCAUGUGACAGUAUUCUGGCUACUUCAGAUGCUUGUGUUCCCCUGAUUACGUGUCCCGAAGCUUCUCCUCUCAUUGGUGCAUUACUACAGCAGCCAGUGACUUGUGUCAAAGAAGCUCUCAGCGAACAUUUUUUGGAUGCUUUGAGUUCUGCCUACUCAAGCUGGAACUUGUCAUUAGAGGAGCAGGCCGUAGUGUCUUUGUGGUAUCACAGCCUCCCCAGCCUGGAAGAGGCAGUGCUUAGUCUGCUGGAAUCUGUUACCAACACAGCGUCAACACCACAGAUGCUACACCAACAAGUAGCACAGUCUCUGCUGCCUAAAGCUUGUGCUCAGCACUGUUCGAUGUUCUUGGUUGCAAAUGACAUCUACAGAUCCGUCCUUAAGCAAGCUGAAGGAAAUGAAUCUGUGAGGUCACUUAUCCAAACCUUCACCAGGUGUUUCCUGCGGGAGCUGGCACUGCUGCAGCCUCAGACGAGUGUGUCUUUGAAGGCCUUCUUCCCGCAGUCACCUCAGAGUCUGCUGGUUCCCCUCUUGACUCUGCCUUCAGAGAUGCCUCAGGAGUCUUGGAGAAAUCACCUGAACUGGCUCAGUGGCUCAUUACAGAGACUGACAGAGGAGGAAGAGGAGGGAAAUGGAGACAGCAGAAGCACCAGGGGGCACUACAAAGUGUUUGAGACCUGGUUCCUACUGGUUCAGUGUGCCCACUGGGUGCAGGCAGCUGUUCAGCUGCUGGUCACUUCAGAGCCUGAGGACUGUGGUCCCCUCUUGUGGCUGCUGACCUUCUACCAUCACCCCACCAACAGGUGGCACCACCGAGCUUUACAGCUGGUACGAGCCAGAGAAGCAUGGGAACACCUACGCUCUGUUUUCUUGGUCUCAGCUCGUCCUCCCAUUGACCGCCUGCAAUCGUUGGUCACUCCGCUGUCAUCACAACCUCAGCAGCCAUCACCGGCUCCAUUAUUGACCCUCAGCCUCUUAGUUAAUUUUGCUGUUUUCUGCCAGCGGCCGCUGAGUGUUUCAACAGAGGUUUUACAGAUGUCCAGGUGGUGCAUCAUUCUGGUCUGGUUGAUGAAGCAGCAUGUGUUCUCAGCUCACUGGAGCUCAGACUAAGUGAAGGAAGCUGCUUAUCGAACGACAGAGUUCAUCUCAGGAUCAAGGAGCUUCACAAAACUAUAACACACACGCAUUAGGUAUGAAGCCACGCUGUGAGGCGAGCGGAGCGCACACGCAUGUUUACUCUGAAACAGGUGAGAGUGCGUAACCCACACAUACACACAGCAACGCACUAAAGCACGCAGCAGUGGGUUCAUCUUCGCACUGGGGUUUUUCCAAAGCACGUUUGCGGAAUGACAAAUUGCCACGCUCUCGUGUAGAUGUGUAGAUAUGCUGCGGUACAACGACAGGAGUGUGUCAAAACAACACAGCGAGGACAGAUUAUGCGGCGAGGCUACAAUUAUACACACACACACACAUAACACAACUGCAAGGCCCACAAGGACACUUGAGCAGUGACAGAUCACACAGCAAAGAAGCAGCAGCUCGUACAACGUGUCAGCGUCCUCCCACUCAUGUAAUUGCCUCACAAUAUAAAUCCUUCACGCUACAUAUGCUGACGUAGGUUUGAAGUGAAGGAAAGCCAAAUGCCAGUUGUCGUUGGAAUUACCGUUUGUGCUACGAAUGUUCUUGUAUGGAAAACAUACAGUAUUAGGACAGUAUUAAGCCAAUGAUAAAAUGCAAACAAGUAAUGUCACUUUUUCUGUAUGUAUAUAUUCUAUUGCUUCAUUAUUUGUAAAGGCGAAGAAUAACUGUCCUCUUGUGUUUCAGGUCUAAUUGUAAGCAAUUGUAAUGCAACUGGUUGACUCCGACUAGAAUGGGACACAGACGUCAACAAAUGCAUAUAUAUUUGCGUUUUUGUGAGAAAAAUGUGUGUUUGACAUCAUUCAGGAUCUGUAAUAUUUUGUCUUGAAUUUGACACAUUGUUCUUGUUUGAUAAUAAAUUUGUUUUUCCAGUCUCAAAAUUCAAAUGUGGGCUAAACGUUGGAGUUAUUACUAGACUGUUUAAAGUAGAUCUCAGUUUACCGAUUUAGGUACAUGGGAGGUCACAUUUAUGUAUUAACCCUUUAGAACCCAGCGUAGCGCCGGCGCUACGUUUUGCAUAUCGAUUUUUGAUUGGCUGUAGAUUUUAAACCAGAUAAGAUAGAUCGAUAAUUCUUUUUGCAUAUAAAAUCUGGGGAGUUACACUAACAUUUCACAAAUUCACCAGGUCUCAGGGUGCUUUUUAGUUGCAGUGAUGGGUUUGUAAAAAUACACAAUAAAGCGCACACAACAAAACUCGUUAUAAACCAGACCACCGGUAUUUGGAGGACCUCUUGCGUUGAAAUAAGCGUGAUCACGUUGUGGCCAUGACCUGUCACAUGGUUCUUAUGUGUUCAUACCCGAGAAGCUCCCGUCCCCAUUAACAGGAAGUGACGUUGUUGCCGGGAGUUGUAGGUUUUCAGCCGACUACAAUUGUAGUUUUCAGCUGUGGCCUGCACAGAUACGAGCUCUCACUCGUUUCAGUCCCACUUUCUUUUUUUUUUUCUUUUUUUUUUUAACAAAAACAUUCAGACACACAGCCCACACACACACACACCAGACAUCCACCACGGUCCGUGUGCAGAUCUGAUAAUUGGAUUUUCCGUUCUGAAACGGGUAUUGAAAAACAAAAGAGUGGUUAUUUGAUUUUCGUUUUAAAAUACAAAAAUUAAAAUUGAAAUACAAGGCGUUUUUCCUUUUCAUGAUCAAAAGGGGAUAUAAGAUUUUUUUUUUAAAUGCUUUGAUUUUAGUUUUAUAUUUAGAAUAGCAAGAAAGUAAAAUCAGUAAGAGACAGAAACGAAAAAAGGUCAGUUUUUUCAUUUUCUGAGACCGGAAGUGGUCAUCAGCAAGUGUGGAGCCAAACAGAGUACGGUGCAUAGACUGUAUAUACAUAUUUUUUCGUUAGUCUUCAUGGUCAAAAUGAAAGAUCAGGUGGCCGAUCUUAAAAUAAAUCAAUAUUGAUUUUUUUUAUAGAGCGUUAAAGUUUUGCAGAGCCAGGGGGCGGGACUACUUGAUUGACAGUCCGGUCUGGAAUGAUUGACAGGUCCUAUGGAGGAGGCAGCAGAGACUCUGCUCUCCUCCUUUGGAUUAAUUCUGAUAUAAUAACUGUUGGUUUAUUUAUCGGUGGAGCAGCAGAACAUUUUCCACAGACAGUUUUCCUGCCCGUUGGCUUGUUUUAACCAGUUUUCUACCUUCGGCUGAUUCUACCAGCAGACACUGAAAGGACUCUGAUAGUUCAGUAAGUAAAUGUUUAUUUUCGUAUCGGUGCCGCUUUUAAUGCACUUUAUAUGAAGCUUUAGUGUCAGAUAUAAUGUGUGCCAUGCACUCCAGAUGUUGGUGGAGCUUGUUUCAGUGUGUGUUGACCAGAGAAGAAGGUUAGCAUAGUAAAUAUUAGCUUUAAUGUUAGCGAUGCUAACCGAGCUAGCUGCUCAGUCGUAGCCUGAUUAAAGCUAACGUAGCAUCAAGCUAAUGUGUUGAGUUUCAUGUAAACAGCAGAAGCCUGUUGUGUUCCUGUAAUGUGGUUCAUUAAGUUCAUAAAACUGUGGCUGGUUGACAUUAAUGUAACGUUCAGGAAACUUAAAUGUGAUUAAAACAGUAACGUUAAUGUUCUAGUUGUCAGUAAUCAGCUUUAAUUUGACACUAAAACAGACUGAUAGUUUUAAAUGACAUCAGUUUCAAUAAUUUGUUGAAAAUUGUCUCAUUUGUUGUUGUGAUGUUGCUGCUGAUUCAUUAAAAGCAGAUGAUCCAUGUUGAAGAUACGUUUAGUUCUAGUAUCAGAAGUACAAGAAGGAAAAUGGAAGUUUAGUUCUGCUACAUCAAAGAUUUCAGGAUUAAAAUAACUAAAUGAGUCUUUAUGCCUCAAACUUUAUUUUUACAAUGAAGAAAUAAUGAAAUAAUCACAGAUAAUAAAAAUAUAAAUAGCAGAGAAAACGUGAGAGAAUAAUUUCCUGAAACGUCUGCGAAGGAAAAGCAGCUUUUUUACCCUGAAAGAUCAGAAUCAGCUCCAACAUCUGCAUCUGACAGCAUCAAGUCAACCAGAAAGAAAAAAGAAAAUGACUUCUUUCUGAUCACAUCUGUCCCGCUGCUCACAGUCUGCUGCUGCUCACAUUCUUCACAUUUAUAGUCCACUUUUAAAAGUUCAGCAGACAGGUGCUCUGCUUUCGAGUGUGACGAUGUUGUCGGUGAUGUGGAGAGUGAAGUUUCCGUUUCACCCACAGCGUGCUUUAGGACAGCCAGGUCGGACUUGAUGUUUGAAAUACUGACCGACAGCUCAGAUUUAACUGUCUGUAGUUCCGUUUUGAUGGAUGUUAAACUUUCACUCAAAGCCACCAGGAGCUGGGUCUUUAAAAUAACCGCUGUCUCGUUACAGAGUGAAAGUAGCAGUUCCUCCUUAAGGUCAGAGAUUGCAGCAUCUGAGGGCCUCUUCAAAAGAAGAUGUAGUUGAUGAAGACGUUCUGGAGCAGGGCCAGAAAGACCACGACCAAGCAGCCUUGAGAUCUUAGGCAGCGUCUCCUUCAGGUCCCUCUCUAUCUCCCCACACAUCCACCAACCACUGGAACACAUCUCCAAAGUUCUGCCGGACCAGCUCAGCUUCCCCUCAGAAGAAGUGCUGCCACCUGCCAGAUGAAGGAGCCUUUUGAGAGGCAGCUGGCAUCGUGAUUGGACUGUACUUUGGUCUGUUCCAAUCCAGCUUCAGCUCCAGAGACGGCAGGCGGGACGAGUCAACGGAGGCUGGGUGGACGAAGACAUGCAGCUGAGUACAAUCCAGAAAACAACAGAGGAGGAGUGCAGCGGCCCAUUAUAGCCUUUGACCAAAGAACUACAGACUCUUCACAACCUGCUCAAACUCUUGGUACAGGACCUCACCACACGGAUCAAGAAGGUUUCCUUCUCCUCAUUUCUACUCUGAAGCUCACCUUCUCCUGCUCAAACUGCUGACAAAUGUUUCUACUGCUCUAAAGUCUGCUCUCCAGAACUUCCUAAAAACUCUCAAAGGCUCUUCUGCUGCAGGUUGCUUUGUAGAACUGUUACAGAAAACCUCACUAAAACACAUGGAGGGGCCUCAAGAUAGUCGUCCAAAUUAAACCGUACAAAAACCAAACUAGCACAACCCAAACACUAAAGUCUCCUGCAGCCUACCAGAGAACCUCUGAGAACAGAGAAUCAGGACAGGAACUCUUACCUUCUGGACAACCAACGCUGGUUCACAAACAAGAAUACAGAAUGUGUCUGACCAAAAACCUCUGAAGACUCACUACAGCCAAGAUAAAGACACAACUCAGCUGCAUCAAAUCCACUAAUCACUGCACACAUUAGCACCAUGUGCUAACUGUGGCUAAAGAACCACAUUUACCAAGACAACUAUCCAGUACAAAGCCCUAAAACACACCAAGAAACACAUUAAAGACGAUUUUACUGCUGGAAGCUGCAAGCCAACGCCUAAAGAACAAACUGAAGCAACGGAGCCAAACCCGGUUCAGUGGUGGAGAGAAACAGAGGAAAUGUUUGUCUGCAGCUAAAUAAAGCAGGAAGACACUGAGCUGCUCAGGUGUUCCUGAUAACACCAAGCAGCCACCUGGACAGCCAAUAGGAACACAGCUUCCUGGAAGUCCAGAGGGCGGGGUUAGUGAAGGAAAUUUAGUUUAAAGUUGAAGCAGAAAGUUAACAAAGAAAGUUGAAAACCAUCUUCUGAUACCUGAAAUCUCUGAGUUUUCACACAAAGAACGCCUGAACAUGUCAAACUGGUUCCAUAGUAGAACCCUCAUUGUAAAAACGUCAUAGUAUGGUGUGUUGCUCAAAAAACAUUAGGACCCGGCUGUCUAAGGUCACCGAGGAGCAACACAAAAACAGGACAAACGCUGGUUUCCAGGGGGUUAGGCGGCUAUUUAUUUGAAAAAGUCAGUUUACAACAACACAAUGUGACCAGAAAAAUCACAAAGUCUGUCUUUAGUUCAGCUGAAAAUAUUAGUUUUUGUCUUUUUUAUUGACCAAACUUUUCAGGAAGUAGAUGAAGAAUAAUUAAAGCUCUCAUGUAGAAGUCCAACUUAUUUUGGAUCCUUGUGGAGAGUUUAAUCUUAGAGUUUGUAAAGCUGUUGAGUUUUUAGAGUCACAUGGAUUGUUUUGACAUUUAAUAACAGAGUCCUGAAAUAAAAUUACAGUUGUGGAUUUCUGUUAUUUAGUCUGGACUAAACAAAUAACAGCAGCAUAAAUCUCAAACGUCAUUAUGAGGAGUCUGGAUUGAGGUUUCUCACUUGAUAAUGAUCAAAACAUGAAAUUUAGGUUGGUUUAAAGGAAUAUUCCACCUUAAAUCUUUGAAUGUUGACCUAAAAGUUUGGUUUCAGGAACUAUUCCACCUACAAGGUCCUCAAACAUCCACCUUAAAGGAACAUUCCACCAAAAAUCCUUGGACAUGCACCUAAAAUGUUGGUUUAACCGAGUAUUCCAUCCAAAAUCCACAGGAACAUUCAGUAGCUGUUGGGAGUUCUUCCUGUCAGGCUCGUGGUAGAACGGCUCUGAAGAAUCUUGUACUUGUCUUAUCUGGAACAAUCUAACAGCCUAAACUGUUAACAGCGGUGUAAAGAAGCAAACACAGGCAUAGAUUAGGACUCAAACUAGAUUUAUUUUAGAAAACAAAUCAACUUAGAGGCAUUUGUUCACACGUGUCUGAAUAGAAGGCCGUCCAAUCAGAUUCGAGGUCUUCACUCUGUAGGUUGUUUGUUUGGUGAGACUCUUGGACCUCCAUCAGCUGAUGUGGAUGUUUGAUGGUCUUCCUCUCUAGUGCCAGAUGAUUCAUCCAUGAAUUCAGCAGCUACAGACUGAAAUGAAGCUCAUGCUGCCGUUAUUGAAUUCCUGUUCCAGAUCAAAUGUUCAGAGCUCACCUUGAAUGCAGCCGUCUGCUGUCUGAUAGUUUUUCUCAUUGUAGUCUUCAAUAAAGUCUUUUUCCUCA